AUGCCGGAAACAUCUCCGGCUAAUCUUGACAAGGUUGCUUCGUCUUCCUCCUCCUCUUCUUCCUUAUCUUCCUCAAGCUCCGACCAUGCUUCCGUGAAAAUCGAGGAGAUUGAACGCGAUGGUGGUGAUAGUUGUCUCGUCAAUGGCUCUCAAGAACUGGAGAGACAACCGGAAACUGCUCCAGCUUCCAUUGCCGACAACGCUGUGUCUGAAUCUUUAGGUGGUGGCAAGAGAAGCUUGUCUCGACAAUGGUCAGUGCCGAUGGAUAGAUCUUCAAGCAGUGACAGGGCUGAACCAUCAUCAUCAUCAUCCUCAAAGCCUAGGUUACAUAAAUCAAAGACUGAGAGGCAGCAAAAAGUUACACACAUUCUUGCCGAGGAUGCUGCUAAGAUAUUCGACGACAGAAUCUCUGCUGAGAAGAAGCUAAAGUUGCUGAACCGUAUAGCUAAUGUGAAACAUGAUGGCACAGUUGAGUUUGAAGUUCCAGCAGAUUCUAUCCCACAGCCUAUUGCUUCAGACCGUGAAGAAUCCAAAAUCGGUGCUUCUCCUUAUGAGUCUAUUGAUGGUGUAGACUUUCAGUACAUUCCUCCUAUGCAGAUUGUGAUGCUAAUCGUUGGAACGCGUGGAGACGUUCAGCCUUUUGUUGCAAUAGCCAAACGUCUUCAGGACUAUGGACAUAGAAUUAGACUUGCAACUCAUGCAAAUUUCAAAGAGUUUGUUUUGACUGCUGGAUUGGAGUUUUAUCCUUUAGGUGGAGAUCCAAAAUUGCUAGCCGAAUAUAUGGUUAAGAACAAGGGGUUUUUGCCAUCAGGCCCUUCAGAGAUUCCAAUUCAACGAAACCAAAUGAAAGACAUCAUAUAUUCUCUACUUCCAGCAUGUAAAGAACCUGAUCUAGAUUCUGGGAUUUCCUUUAAAGCCGAUGCUAUUAUCGCCAAUCCUCCAGCAUAUGGACAUACUCAUGUGGCAGAAGCUCUGAAGAUACCGAUUCAUGUAUUUUUCACCAUGCCUUGGACGCCAACCAGUGAAUUUCCACACCCUUUGUCACGUGUCAAACAAUCAGCAGGAUACAGACUCUCCUAUCAAAUCGUUGAUUCGUUGAUCUGGCUUGGAAUAAGGGACAUGGUAAAUGACCUUAGGAAAAAGAAGUUGAAGCUACGGCCUGUUACAUAUCUAAGUGGAACACAAAGCUCUGGCUAUAAUAUUCCAUAUGGGUAUAUGUGGAGUCCUCAUCUUGUCCCAAAGCCUAAAGACUGGGGACCACUGAUUGAUGUAGUGGGAUUUUGCUUCCUUGAUCUUGCAUCAAACUAUGAACCUCCUGCAGAACUUGUGGAAUGGCUAGAAGCUGGUGACAAACCUAUUUAUAUCGGCUUUGGUAGUCUCCCUGUCCAAGAACCAGAGGUAAUGACUGAAAUAAUUGUGGAAGCACUUCAAAGAACCAAUCAGAGAGGAAUCAUUAACAAAGGCUGGGGUGGCCUUGGGAACUUGAAAGAACCCAAGGACUUCGUUUACUUGUUGGAUAAUGUCCCACAUGACUGGUUAUUCCCAAGAUGCAAGGCAGUGGUUCAUCAUGGUGGUGCUGGAACAACGGCUGCAGGUCUUAAAGCAGCGUGCCCAACAACAAUAGUGCCUUUCUUUGGAGACCAACCUUUCUGGGGAGAACGAGUUCACGAUAGAGGAGUAGGUCCUCCACCAAUCCCAGUAGACGAAUUCUCACUCCAUAAGCUUGAAGAUGCCAUAAAUUUCAUGCUUGACGACAAGGUGAAGAGCAGUGCAGAGACUCUAGCUAAGGCGAUGAAGGAUGAGGAUGGUGUGGCUGGAGCUGUGAAGGCCUUCUUUAAACAUCUUCCGGGUACAAAACAGGAUCUUCUUCAGGAACCGAUCCCUGAACCAUCCGGAUUUCUCUCUUUGAGACAAUGCUUUGGCUGUUCUUAA